UGAGGAACAUGAUAAAACAACUAAAAUGACUAUUAAAAUUGACUGAAACCAAUGCGAGCAUGUUACUAGGACAGGUUAGGCAAGUAAUAUUGUGUUAUAUUUUACUGGUAUGUUUGCCUGACACAAACACACAACCUUGUGCUCUAAAUAGUUUGUACGUAAGUGACUAGUUCUGUGAUUACAUUUUAUUUAAAGGUUCUUGCCAUACACAUUACUUUUGGAGAAGUAAGAGUUAAUAUCUACUGGCACAGAUGGUGGAACGGUGUAAUCCUCUUUCACAGGAGUCACUCUUCCCUGCAUGGGGGUCUGCAUGUAUCUGAUAAUUAGCCUAAUGGAAUGAAUGGAGACAGAGUGAAGAGAACAACAUACAGAUGUGUCAUCCCUGUAGUGGGUCUCUAUGGCUGCUGAGUGACACACCACCAUGCAGGAUUGGAUACUGUUUCAUACUUACCGACAUUUUCAGUGUUACAGUGCCUGCUGAACUAGCUUCCUGGAAUCCCUAAUAGCACCAGAGUUUGGAUGUUUUUGGCACAGACCGUUGCAACAAUGAAUCCAUCACUGAAGGUGUCAAGCAGCUAGGAAGAAUGCAGUGUGCAGGCUUCUCCAAUGCAUGCUCCCAGAUUAGGAAUGAUUCCUUGUCUCGUUUCUCCAAUGUGACCACUGCCACCCCAGCCAAGAGAAUCACUUUCUACAAGAGUGGAGACACCCAGUUCAGUGGUAUCAGGAUGCCUAUUCAUAAGCGAAGCUUCAAGUGCUUUGAUGCUUUGCUGGAUGACCUUUCGCAGAAAAUGCCUUUGCCAUUUGGCGUACGGACGAUCACUACACCCAAAGGAACUCGUGCUAUUCAGAGUCUGGAGCAAUUACAGGAUGGGGCCUGCUACCUGUGCUCUGAUCGCCACUCUGUUAAGCCAAUCGAUAUGGAGGCUGCAGGGAAACGGCCUGCUGUAUGGCACCACAGCUACCCACUUAACACACGGAGAAAGCCUUCCCGACCUGACGACCCACCUACGGGACAUUCUGGCCAUCACUACCUUCGACAACCAAAGAGGAUUGUCCUGGUGAAAAACAAUGAUCCUGCAGUGAGAAGGUCCAUCAUCUUGAGCAGAAAGAGGGCUCGCAGCCUUCGUGUCUUUAUGGAUGAGAUUUCAGAACUCAUGCAGUGCAAUGUCAGGAAGCUAUACACCUUGGAAGGACGGAAGAUUGACAGUAUGCAGAGCCUGAUGCAAUGUCCCAGUGUGCUGGUGUGUGUGGGCCGAGAGCCCUUCAAGGCCCUACUUCUGGAGAAUCUGAGAAAGAACUCAGAGGAGAAGUUGCCUGGGAUAGGUGCAAGGUCGCACUCCAGCAUCUACACUGAGGGCCACGACAGCAAGAAAAAUGUGAACUUUGGACUUGAGACCAAGAAAAGUAUCAUCCAUCCAAGGUCAGAUUCAAGUAACAAAUCUACAAGGUUCUCCCUAUCAUCAGAAAAAUCUUAUCCAAAUGGAUCAGGCAUGACACCAGGGCAGCCUGGUUGUGUUACAAAGGAAGUCAUAAUGAAUGAUGACGUUGAAAAAAGGGUUCUCAUCAACAAAGAUGGCAGUCUGUCUGUAGAAAUGAAAGUUCGGUUCCGCCUAGUCAAUGAUGAAACUCUUCAGUGGUCCACUGAAAUCAAGAAGUUGCCAACAUCUAGAAAUGAGUGUAUUUCUUUACAAGAAGAUGACCCUCAUUGUCUUCAAGGCACGGUUGUAUACUCAGAACCAGAGUCCAACACUGAAUGUGAGGCUGAGGACGCCUGUUCACCAAAAUGUCAUCAAAUGGACGUGGAAUCUUACUGUCAAAGUUGCUGCAACCAUAGUCAAGGGUAUGACAUUUGGAAAAACCCCUUACACAAGGAUGAUGAAACCAGUGGAACCAGGAGUUCCUCAAAUUCUGUUGCAUCAUCCGACAAAAUUAUGCACCAAAAGGAAUCUGUGGACAGUGUGUAUACAAUUUCCAGGUCCAGUGAGGAAUAUACUGAACAUGUGGUAGAGAAGGCAUCUUGCUUCCGACAGACUACUGAGGAGGGGGACACAAGGAUUGAAUAUUGUUCAAUAAGUCGUUGUUGCAGUCAGAGUGAGGUAUCAACCAGCACCACAAAGUGUAAUAUACCCACUGACACAUGUGAGAGUAAUACUGGGAAAAUAUGUCACCAUAAUGAUAAUAGAAAAACAGAUUAUGCAGAAUUUGAUCAUUUGAGCAAAGUCACAAAAAUAGCAGAAAAUUUGAUUUCUGCUACCAGAAAUUCAUCCAUCUUCCAGUCAUUCAAAAAGGAUGAGGACGAUGAUUAUGAUGAUCUUUCCCCAAGCAUAUCAAGAGCAUCUCAAUGGUGUUCUGAACAGGAUAAGAAAUUUACAUGUGUACACUGCUAUGGCAGUCAACAGUCACAGAAUUUACAUUCAUCCUCCAUACCACCUAAAGCCUCAAGCUGCUCUGCUGAUGCAUUAAAAUCCAAAAUGUACAAAAGCAUGUAUGCAGCACCAGAAGUGCCCCAGGAGGGUCAUGCAGACACUGAUAGUACAGACAGUGCCAGAUCUUCAGUUUCAAAAGUGUCCUCAAAGUCUCAAUGCUGCUGCUGCUGCAGCCAAUGCAGAGAAGCAACAACAAGCUUGGUGGAAUCUGAAAUGAAGAGUGGUUUAAAGGAAAGGGUUCAGAAUUCAAUGUCUGAUGAAAGCAAAAUGUCUAAUAAAUCUCGAGCCAGUACAAAUUCCUCAAGGAUGGUGAUAUCAGACAGUGGUGCUCAGAAAACAUGCAAGGAGGAAACAAAGAGUGGGAAUAGAUCUAUAAGUGCCAUGUCAACAAACACAUGUUUCUCAGUAAAGUCCACAGUAUGCCCUUGUUGUGGUGGAUGUGGAAGAUUAAUAUCAACAAUACCAGCAAAUGUUCAUGAUACACCAGUUCAAGUAGCUGAGGAAGAUGGUGAGGUUAUGUCACUUGGUCAGAGGUCAUCUAAGUCACCCGAGUCUGAGAGAUCUAACAAAUGUACCCAUUGUGCACCACAAAGACAUUCUGCUAGUUCAAACAUACUUGAGAAUAUUGAACCUGUUCAAAAUAAUAUAGCAGAGGUAGAGAUCAGGCAUGCUUGCUCCCAAAGUGCAUUGUUUGAUUUAUCAAAUUGUUCCGCUGCUUCAAAACAAUCCAAUAUAUCAAUCCAGCCUGCAUGUGGGAGGUCAUCUAUUGCAAAGAUGAUUUCUGAAAAUGAUAGAGUGGAGGAGGUAGAAGGAAGAAGCAAAAGUGCCAUGUCAGUGAAAUCAGUUGGAUCUGCAAAGACAAACAAUGACAUUCCAGAUAAACUAAGAACAUUUGGACUAGAAAAUCAAAUUGCUGAGGAAAUUGGGAAUUUGUGUAUGGCCCAGGAAAAUAUAACAGAAACAGAGGAUGUAACACACGAUUCUGACAUGGACACUACAGAAAGAGUCCCUAGUGCAAUGUCAACUAAAACACACUCUUCUAAAGAUUCUGACAAGUCCCACAAUUCAAACAACAUUCAAGACACUGCAACAGCCUCACCACCGGUUUCUACAAGCCCUAUUACAUACACUACUCAUGAAAAAAUACAUUCAGAUAGGUCAACAAUUGCACUGUCCAAGAGUGCCAAAGUUUCAGUGAAAUCAAAUGCAUGCUCACAGAGAGAUUUAGAGUCAGUGUUGAAUCCCACUGAUAUGUCUGAGGGGCAGGAAACUAGACAAACAAGAGAUGAUGCAAAGUGUAGUGCACGGAAUUCCUUACCAGUGUCACCAAUUACGCUUGAAAAUAAUAAUCAGGCGUUAAGUGUAAAAUCUGUUUAUUCUAAAGCAUCUUCAAAAUCGACCAGAUCUAACAAACAUCACUGCUCUUCAAGCAGAUGUGUUCAAAGAGUAGCAAAUAGUCCCUUGGGAAAAUCCAAAUCUCCAGCUUCACAUGGCCUGCUAGAUGAACCAUUAAGUCCAACCUCAACAGCUUCUGUCUCUCUUGGACUUGGUGAAGAAGAGAGGUCUGAGGACCUCAAUGAACGAUCCAUGAGCAACAUAUCACAAAUCCUUGAUGAGCCUAGAUGCUCGUCAGAGAAAUAUACCUCUGAACCCUCUGCAUUAGAUCAUGCUAUUAACAAUUCAUCAAUAACAGAAACCAGAGAGAGGGUCAAAACAGCUGUGUCUACAAGCACUACAGUUUCAGAUAAACCAAAAUUGUCUAAUUUUAUGAAAGACUCAUGCAAUAAUCCUGAAGUUAUCUCGGGAGCUGAAUAUGAAAGCAUAUCAACCAAAUCAAAGACAGAAAGCAAGAUAGAGGUCCAGCUUUUACAGAAUGAUGGCGAUCAUAGAGUGCCAUCUGUGUUGUCAGAGUCAUCAGAGAAAUCACAACAGAACUCACCUAGUAAAAACACUUCAACCAUAAAAAGGUAUACACAUGAUACUCAAGCAAUCAAUAAAAUUACAGAUAAGGGUGAAACAAACAAAGCUUUAACCACAUCUGGUUCUUCAAUAUCUAGUCAAAAUAAAAUAACCUCGGGGAAGGCUACCGCCCACGGAGCUACAUCUAAGGAUCAAUGCACAGCAAAGAGCAAGGAAAGAUCCUCCUCAAACUUGGAAAUAAAAGAAGGCAGGAAAACUGAUGCCACUAGUGUGAUUUCUUUAAAAACAUCCAAAUCAGACAAGAAACCUCCACCCAGGGAUAAAUAUGUCACUAAGUCUGAAGUGUCACAAAACUGCGCCAUUUCAGAUUCUAAAGGUGAUAGUGUUUUGUCUCACAGUCCAGAUCUAUUAAGGGAAAAGGAUACUGAUGCAAAACCAGACAGUAGAGGAUCAAGAUCAAACACAUCAGACAAAAACUAUGUCCUUGAAGAGAUGCAGCAAAUUGACAGUGACUGUAAAAAAAACAGCUUUAAACAAAGAAAAAUUAGCACCACAUCACAGAACAAAACUGAGGAUCAUGAUAAAGAACCACUGAUGCCGUCUUGUUUACCUAAUGCAUCUCCUACAGAUGUUGUAAAUGACUGGCUUAAAAACAUACCAAUUGAUGGUCCUAUGUAUGAAAUGGAAGAUGAAUUCAGUGUGCAACAUGACGAAACUCUCCUUCACAUACCUGCUGUGAAAGAUGAAGGAAGUUUUCAAAAUGAAAUAGGAGAACAGUCUGAAAAGCCAAUGAAAAUGAAAGAAUCUAAAGAUAUAGGUGGGACUGAAGGUGCAGAUCCUGUUACAGAAGAUAAAAAUACCAUCUGUGAUGCAAAACUGGCAUUUAAUAAGACAUUUCAAACUAUUGCAGCCAACAGUGAUUGCAAUCAUCUCAGUUCAAAAUUAACAAAUAAUUGUCAGUCCUCGAUACAGGUCAUGAAGGUCCUGUUAAGCCCAAAAUUGGACAGAUGCAAUAGUUUGCCUGAAGUUUCACCAACAUAUGGGAGAAAAUUAAGCACAUCAGCCAAAGGACUACUAGACUGCCUUGCUAAUUUACAAGUGCUUGACCCAGAUCCAAAGAUAUAUGACAAAUACAGUGAAAUAAUAAGCACUCUCCAGUCACUAUGGAUUAACAGGCCUUCUGAAACGGUGCAAGACAAGCAUAAAAUAAAAGUUCAUUCAGCAGAGGAUGAGUUUAACCCUAGGUCUUCAUCAGGGGUAGAUCUAAGCAGCGGUUCCACGGGGUCUGGCAAAGGAAGCAUCAGUGGUGGGCUUGAAAAACCAGAAACAGCACAACCCAGAACAACACUAAUAUCUGAACAGAAGCCCUACCCACAGAUUCAAGGAGAUGCUCUUAUGGGAGGUGGAUGUGACUCUUUAUCACCAGAAAACAUAAAUACUUUGCUUGUCUCAGAUCCUAUAACUCCAGACAUUGCUGAGAGGGUCCGAUGCAGUCCCAAUCAUGAAAAACUAAACAAGGAAGCACAAAAAGAUGAAGGCCUUAAAGGCACAGAUGAUGUCCUUCAGACUAAUGAACAUAUAAAAGAAAUUGAGGAAAUAGCUUCAACAUUCUCCACGACAAACACUGAGAAUAAUGGAAAUGUUAAAUCAGUGGCUAAUAAAGAAACAAAUCCACCAGAAAAUAACAACUCAAGAACACCACCAUCAGAUCAGAAAGGUCAAUUAACUAAGAGAAUUUCACAAGACCCAGAUCCGGUAUGGGUUUUGAGCUUGUUAAAGAAACUGGAAAAGCAAUUUAUGUCUCACUAUGCUAAUGCAGUAGCAGAGUUCAAAGUAAGGUGGGAUUUAAAUGACAAUGAGACACUUGAUAUAAUGAUCAGCGAACUGAAAGAAGAGGUUCAUAAAAGGAUUCAGUCUACUAUAAAUCGAGAGCUCCAGAAAAUCCAAAGUCGAGCUGGUAGAACACCAAGACCUCCAAUAGGCAUGCUUUCUAGAGAUUCUACCGUCCAAACUGAGCAACGGCGAAGACGUCUUAAAGUGAUGCAGAAUAAACGCAACCCUUCAAGAAGUGAAGACAUAAACACUGCUUCAGGUACUGAAUUCAGUGACCAGCGCAGUGAAGAUGAAUACUGUCCAUGUGACACAUGUGUGAAAAAGAAGAUGGCAUCUAGAGCUGUCCAGUGUGCUGAAGCUUUGAGAGUGGCUCCAGUUCUUAAGGAUUUUGAUCUUAGGAAAAUCUUGCAAACAAAGAAGGAUCCCCCUGUUACUAUGCCAGUACAGUCCAAGCUGGAUGAGCCAAAAGAUCAGAUUGAGGGUACUGACAGUAGCAGUGUCCAAGAUAAAAAUAAUUUAGAAGUGGUUAAAGAGGAGGCCAAAGUACAUAUUAUAAAAAGCCAGAUAGUCGAAGAUGAUAUCCUUAUGGAGGAGGAGACUAAGGAUGAAAUCAUAACAGAGCAUGGAAUUCAGGCCUGUGAGAAUCAAGACGAAGACGUAGGGGUAAUAAAUGAUGGAGGAUGGAGGACAGUGAAUAAAGGACCAUCUGAUGAGGAAGAUAAUGGGCAGCCGGCAGAAGCAAAAAUGUUUGAUAAUAAAGUUGAUGGAGCAGAUGAUGGAGAAAGCAAAACAGAGAGGGAAAGACAUGAAGUGGGAGAGGAUUUGGAGGACAGGAGCACAGAUAUGAAGGACGAGGAAGCAAUGAAUAGAGAGGAUGAAGAGGCAGAAGAGGCAACAGAGGGAGCUACAACAGCAGAUGAAGAGAUAGAAAUGGAAAAAGAUCCACCUGAUGAAGUAGCUGCAGAAAGAAAAGAAACAGAAAGCAGUGAAAUUGAAGAGCGAGAAGGGAAUCCAGUGGAGGAAAAAGAAUGGAAUGAUGAAGGAGCUGAAGGUGAGGUGUCUGAAGGGGAAACAAAUAAAGAGAGUGAAACUGGGGUAGCUGAAGAAGAGGAAAGAGAUGAGAUUGUAGAGAAGGCAGAGAUACCAGAAGAGGGUGAGGAAACAGAAAAUAGAACAGGAGAGGAAACACAAUCAGCCAAAGAAGGCAAGACGGGGGAUGAAUCAGGAGAAGCUGAGAAUAGUAAUGCGACAAGUGAUGAGCGAACACAAGAUGAUGCGCCUGCUGCUGCAGCUGAAGCUAAGCCUAGAAAGAAUGAAACAGCUGAAAUAAUAGAAGGUGAAAAAACAGAGGAAGAUGGUACCAUCAAGAGUGAAGCUAAGAUGUCCACUGAAAAUAGUGCAGAUGAAAAUCAGAGCGAAUCUACUGAGGCAGAAAAUGAGGUUGAAAAGGAGUCACAUGAGAGCAAGGGUAAGAGAUAUAUUCAGAAACCAACCAAAAAGAAAGAUAAUUUAUCUGUAGCAGGACAGCUGGUCUCUGAAGAGGAGGAUGGUGACCGGGCAUACAUGGAUGACUGUGGAACUGAUGAAAAGCAUCAAACUGACAUGAGAGCAGAGAGUAUUGAGAACCACGCAGAGGGUCCUGACCAUUGGAGUCAAAUCUCUGGUGACGAUUCUGACUGUAAACUUAUUUCACAGAUAACAAAAACAUCAGUUGAAUCCCAAACAGGAUCACUGGAAUACUCCAAGGAAUUGACAGUGAAAGAAAAGCUACGGGAUAUUCAGAGUUUUAUGGAAAGUUUGAAUGAUCAAGAUUCAUAGUUAUUUAUGGAGUGUAUGGACAAAUUACAAGGACACCUAAGUGUGUCACCUAAGAGAAUAAGACAGUAAGGGCCACUAAACAGAGAAGGUUCCGAGAAAUCCAGGUUAAAGUUGAGGAACUGGAGUUUUAAUCUCUCACAUGACUUUAAUUUAUGCACUUUAUCCUUCUAU